AUGGCUUCCAGGAUACUACGGCUCUAUAGAUAUAAAUCAGAUACUUCAGCACUUGCUGAGAGAUUUCAGCAGAUUCUUGACGAGAAAGUCCCGUCGACUCCAACCUCCUUAAUGGAUAAGGAGCCACGACUUCGAGAAAUGUAUGCUCAAUACACUAAGGAAAGUUCAGACAAAGAGUUCCAGCACAAAUACCAAAAAGAAUUAGCAUACGUGAAAAGUGAAAAUCUUUUGAGGACUAAAGAGGCAAGAGACCUUGCUGACACAAUCACGAACCCACCGUGGAGAGGUACUGAAAGGGUAGAGGACACGGCUCUUCGAAUGCUCGUGGAUUCUGCUCCCAAGGCCAAAGCAAUGCCGAGACAGAAAACUAUCAUAUCGCCACAGGUUCCUACUAAAGAGCGUAUUGCCAAUGCUAGAGAGUCCAGUUUGGAUUAUAAGGUAUCGAAGACCAAGACGCCUGAGGAGGCUGAGAAGGACAACUUCAGAGAAAUGUACAAGGAGAGGUUGAUGGGUCCAUCGAUGUUUAUAGAUGCAACGUCGCCAAGAACCACGCUUGGAAUGGUAACAUCGCUAGCGGAUGCCAGAAUCAACGCAAAGAUCGAUCAAAAAAGUGGGAAGUUCAACAGUCCAGAGAUGGAUGCCGUCAGGGGAAAGCCGCUUGAUCGCCAAAGAUUGGCUAAUAGCACAGACACCAAUUUUUUUGUGAAUGAGAUUCUCAACUCACAAGAAUGCUUACCGCCUUGGAUCGAAAGCCAGCAAGGCGUGGAAAAGGAGAAACAAGUGUUUCGUCUAGAUUUGCAGAAAAAGUGGUUCAAUAUCAUCAUUACUCAUCUACUGAACAACCAUGGCCAAUCAAAAUCCGAGAUUCUUGCUAAGGUAGCCCCUGAUAGUUCAUACUUACAGAAGGAAUUGUAUAUGCCAGAGUUUCGUCGUCUAUACUAUCCCUAUAUCUCCGCUAAGGUCGACGAUCUCAACAAGGGCAUUCGCAAUUAUAACUUACAGUGUCCAUCCUCGAGCUUGCACAAGUGGAAGAUGACUCCUGAGAAUGAGAUAAGUAUGCUGUACGACGCAGUGAUAAAGAAUUUGACCGCACUCGUCGAUGAGUGGGUUGAAAGGCAAAAUCAAAGACGACAGAUAACCCCUCAAAAACUUAAUGCUGGAAGGUCAAUGCUCGGUCUUUUCGAGCUGGCUAAAGGCUCCUAUGGCUCGGGUAGUCACUAUCAAAUAAUAGAGAGGCCAACAGAAAAAAUGGAAUUCUGGAAGCUGGUGAAGUCAAUCUUCAAACCUGUUUGA